UUUAAUGAGAAUUGUGUGCCAGUAAAUGUCGUAAAAUAUCAGAAAUGUAUCCUGUUUUAACUAGAACUGCUUCGAAAAAUGUAAUUUUACAAACUGGCAAAACUGUUUGUGCUCAUUUUCUACGUUAUUCCAGCGAAAAUUCGAACGAAAUUGAGCUCCCUCCCGAACCUACAACAUGCUGUAUGUCUGGCUGUGCAAAUUGUGUGUGGAUCGAAUAUGCUGAGACAGUGGCAAAAUUAAUGGAUGGAAAUUGUGAUCAAGCACGACAAUUAGUGCUUAAUAAAAUUCAAGAUCCGAAUUUAAAAAUGUUUUUAGCCAUCGAAUUGAAAAAUAUUCAAUAUAAUUUGGAACAAAGUAAAAAUACGAAUGAAACGGAAUCAAUCGACAAAGAUAAGGGGAAAUAGUUUUUUAUUAGUAUAUAUUUCGAAUGUAAUUAAAAUUUAAAUUUAAACGAUUCAAAUUCUUAUGUCAAAAUAUGCUUUUUUUUAUUCUGUUGAAGUCAGAAUUUUCAACAUCAAUAGAUAAAAUAAUUUCCAAAACUAGACUUUGUGUAGUUUGUCUCCUAUCUACAUAUGCAUCUUGUUAUUAGAUUAAUAAUAUAGGCCAAUAAAUGUUUGACCCAGACAUCAAAGUAUACAUUUGUAGCGCUGAAUUCUAACACAUUAUGUUUUCGAUGUAUAAUUUGUAAAAUUUUCAUUUUUGCUCAUAUUCGAGACGUUAUAGCAGCUCGGAAAGAUUUUUGUUUAUAAUAUGUGUUAUGUUGUCUGAAAGUCUGUCGACUUUAAUUUAUAGGUUUAUAGUUGUAUCAUAAUUGGUUGGGAUCCAGUGCUGCCUUUGGAAAUAAAUUUUGCUCUCUGGUUUUUAUUAAUUUCUUAGAAUUUUAAUUUUUUAGAUGAUGUUUACAUACAAUUUUAAAAAUUCAAUUUUUUUAAUAAAAAUUAAAAAAAAAACUUUA